GGUCCGCGCGGGGGUGAAAAAAAAUCCUAUAAACCCGGCGCUCCGGCGCGCCCUCGCCCACAAAAACGCCUCGCCCACCGUCGCACGCUCGCCGUCUCCUCCCCGCCAAACAAAUCUUUUCCUCCCUGCCCAGUAUAUACGCCAAGAAACGCAAGCAAUCAACUCCUCCUCCUUCUCUUCUUCUUCUUCUUCCUCCUUCGCUUCCUCUAGUUCUGGUCAUCUACUCAUCUGUGCGAAAGAGUAGAUAGCUAUAUAGCUUGGCGAGGUUGCCGGCCGAGUCCUUGUUUGGGAGCUCGAGAUGGUUGGCCCGAUCGUGAUCGCGUCGGCGGGGCUGGGGAUGCUCGCCGGGGUGGCCAUGGCCAACCGCACCAUGGGCGGCGAUGGGCUGCCGGCGGCGUCGAGGUGGGACGCGCGGCCGCGGUGCGCCACGUGCGGCGGGAGCGGCCGCGUGGAGUGCCUCUGCAACCGCUGGUCCGACGGCGACUCCGGCUGCCGGACCUGCGCCGGCUCCGGACGGAUGCCGUGCCGCAGCUGCGGCGGCUCCGGCACCGGCAGGCCGCUCCCUGCCCGCCUCAUCGCCCGCCAGCAGCCGAACCCUUCGUCGGCGCCCGGACGAGGCGGAGACUACAGCUGAUAGCUAGCAACAACAUCGCCAUGAAAUACACGCACAAAGUAUAUAUAUGUACAUGUCCCGUCCAUUCUUGUGGAUCAUCUCUUAUAUACAUAUGUAUCAUGUCGAUCUUCCAAGAGACUGCUUGCUCAUCUACAAGAUCGAGUAUACAUACUUGCAUGUAUGUUAUGUGUUGUUCGAGUUGGGAUUAUUAAGUUGAAUUAAUUUACACAACACAAAGAAGAGGAAAAGGGAGCUGGGGGAGAACAGCUUGCUUGAUGAAGUUAAUUAGAGGCCAUGGAGAGAUGAAGAUAGGGGGGCUACCUAGGUAGGCAAGUGAUCAGUUUUGUUGGCCAGGGCAAGGUUGUAGUUCAUUAUUGUGGAUGGAAUAUAUUGCAUAGAAUUCAUAAUUACACAUAUUACUUUCCAGAUUUGGAUGUUCAUCAGCUCCCUCUUCCUCUCCUUGCAUAUAGGUGCGGUGUCAAUUUCUGUUCAGCUGAUUAGUGCAUGCUUUCUGCAUAAUGUAAUCCUUGUACUUACAAUUCUACUAUAUGUCAUCUAGCUACCAGAUCUUAA